GCUUCCCGGCCGCACUGGGGACCGAGAGGCUCCGAGCCGGCCGCGCCUUCGGAAUUGGAGUCGGGGAGCCUGGCGGGCCGGGAGCAGGGUAUAACAAGGAUACUGUAGCACUGAACUGGCCAAUUCAACUGGUCUUGAAGUAUCUGCAUUUUUUUCCUACCCUACCACAGACUUCUUUGGUGAAGUCGGAUCAAUGGGUGUAUAUGACUUUUCACCUCAUCUAAAGUGGUUCCAUGUCUUGUUUGGACUGUUCCUGUAUUCUACGUACACCAGUUGAGUCAAUCAGACCAGAAAAGCAAUCUCAGAGCAGCAGCCAUGAAUCCCUGGCUGAUUCUGAGCCAGCCUGGAUUCCCACAUCUAAAGGAGGGAAUGAAACGAUAUUUUGCUCUUCCAACGUCUCUCAUUAUGAACUCCAGGUGGAAAUAGGAAGGAGAUUCAACAACUUAACUUCAAUCUACCUUGCACGGCAUACCCCUACAGGCACACAAGUUGCCAUAAGAAUCACAGACCUAGAAAGCUGCUCAGAAGAGCAUUUGAAAGCCUUACAGAAUGAGGUGGUUUUAUCCCACUUUUUCCAGCAUCCCAACAUAAUGACACUUUGGACAGUGUUUACAGCUGGUAGUUGGCUUUGGGUCAUUUCUCCAUUCAUGGCCUAUGGUUCUGCUAGACAUCUGCUGAAGACUUACUUUCCUGAAGGAAUGAGUGAAGCUUUGAUAGGGAACAUCCUGUUUGGUGCAAUCAGAGGAUUAAAUUACAUGCACCAGAACGGCUACAUUCACAGGAAUAUUAAAGCUAGCCACAUUCUGAUUUCAGGGGAUGGACUGGUUUCUCUCUCUGGCUUAAACAACCUCUACAGUUUAGUUAACAAUGGACAAAAGUCAAAGGUGGUGUAUGACUUUCCUCAGUUUAGUACAUCUGUACUUCCUUGGCUGAGCCCUGAGCUACUGAGACAGGAUUUGUCUGGGUAUAAUAUGAAGUCUGACAUCUACAGUGUGGGAAUAACAGCAUGUGAAUUAGCCAAUGGACAUGUUCCAUUUCAAGAUAUGCCUCGCACUCAGAUGCUGCUGCAGAAGCUGAAAGGUCCCACAUACUAUCCCUGGGAUAUAAAUGCCUUCCCCCAUGGGGAAUCCAGAAUGAAGAAUUCCCAAUCAGGUGUUGAUUCUGGAAUUAGUGAGAGUCUGACACGCACAAUGACGAGCGAAAGACUACAAAGUUCUGUUUCCAAAACAUUUUCCCCUGCAUUCUACAACUUGGUAGAACUUUGCUUGCAACAGGACCCUGAGAAAAGGCCAUCAGCAAGCAGUUUGCUUUCUCAUACGUUCUUCAAACAGGUAAAAGAACAAACACAGAGCUCGCUCCUGUCCCUAUUACCGCCCCCUGUUCAAAACAACAGAUCAGAGUUCUUGACGCUGCCCUCGGCAGCAGCUGAGGCUGAACCUGGACAUAUUGCUGCAACUCAACAUGACACAGCCUGGGAAUUCUAAGUAGAUACCAAACGAUCAUACCUCUCUUGUGCUUCAAAGAAGGAAAAUGUGAUUUCUACUUGCUGCUUUAGUUUGUAUGGUUAAAAUACGGUUAGACACUGUACACUUGAAAAUGCAGUUAAAGUGGCCAUAUUCCAUUAACUUCAUCAUAUGUUUGCAUCAGGAAGUGCAGUAUGCCUCAUUUUGUCAGAUCUCAAGCAAAACUGCAUGUAGGAGAUAAGAAUUCAGUUGUUCUCCUCUUUUGAAAUACUUAACAUGAGGGUUCCUGCUGUAUCUUUACUUUUUACUGCACUUUUUAGCUCAUAUUACUGCAGUCCAAGUGCCUUUCUGAAUUCAGGCUUUGUCUUUUGUCUACAGCUUUUCUUCAGUAAUCUAUUUAUCUUAGUGAAGAGGAAUCUUCCAUUUUCAAGCCUAAAUUUGAAACUGCAGAAAUGAAUUUCUUAUACAAGUCAUGUUUCUUUUUCCUGCCUCUCAGAAGGUGUGUUGGCCAGUUGACAUGCUGUCAGUGUUUGCCCUGAAUUAGCUAGCAAGUCUUUCCUGCAGUUUCAAUACUGCAUGUUGACCAAAGAAGCUAGUUGAAAACGCUGUUGCAUUUUUCUGCAUCCUUAAUACAGAUCUGUGCUUUUGCAUCUUCAUUUAGUCUUGCAUCAUCUUAACUAGCAAUUUGAGAACCUCCGAUAAUGUAAAGGAAGUCUUAAGUUAUAACACAUAUAGGUUAAUUUUGAAGACUUGUUAAAUGAUCUGAAGUCACUGUAUGUGUUUUUGUUUAUACUGUGUACCAAGAAUUAUCUGGACCUAAUAUUGUUUUCUCAAAAUAAGUUACAAGACACAUUAAGCUUCAUCCGUGUUACUGCUUGCAAACAUCUUCUGCAGUCAGAUUCCCAUGAUUCAAUUCAGAGCACAAAUUCACAAGAAUCUGAGAGGUUUCAUUGUCUCUUCCCUGAGGAAAAACUGCCUUUGUGCCACAAAAAUCACUAACUUCUCAUCUCCCACACUACACCAAGCAACUCAAGCUGAACAAAAGCAGCAUUAUUUAUUUAUUUUUUUUUUAAAUUAAAACUGCAACCUCAUCAUGUUUUAGAAAAAGCUGUGUCCCAAGCCACUACUACUUGCUGACAUAGGUUCUAACAAUAGUGAAAAUGUAUAAAUAGUGAAUGGAUACAUUUCAGUUUUUCAACACACGGAAAUUCCACUGCGAAGUGCUCAAAUCUGACGUAGCUGGGCCUAUGUGUAACCAGCCCUGCAAAUACUUCUGCUUUGCCAGCAGCUUCUCUUCAAAGUCUUGAAUGCACUGGAAGGCACAAACAAUUCUAAACAAUCACACUGAAAUAUUAACAAAAUACUUGACACUACUCAUUAUGCUGUGAAGGGAACUCAUAGUUCAGAACAUAAUAGGUACAACUAAGCUUAAGAGCCUCUCAAUAAACUUGCCCUGUCUGCCUCCAUA